AUGACUUUCCCAACUUUGCUGCUGCUUCUUCCCUGUGCUAUCAGCUUCAGCCUCCAGGGCCCUGGGGAUAGAGGCGUUAUUCCUGGAUGGCAUCUCCAAUCUACACAGUCUAUCAACGAACCCAAUCUCACGAAUUGGUCUCUCCCGGGCGCUGAUGUCUCUUCCUGGCAUCGUGUUAGGUCUCGGGCUACGAUUCUAGCUGGCCUAGUUGCUAACAAUGUCUAUAAUGAAACCAACCUAUUCUAUUCCGAUAAUCUUUCGACUGUGAAUCAAUCGGAUUUCCAAGUUCCCUGGCUGUAUCGGGAAGAGUUUUCUGUCCCUUUACUAGCGCCAGGUCAACAUUUGUUCCUUAUGGUCCAUGGUAUUAGCUCAAAAGCCGAUAUUUUCCUAAAUGGGGGUCGGAUCUGUUCAGCAAUGGCCCAGAGAGGAUCUUAUGGUGGUAAGAUGUACGAUCUGACGCCUCGUUUGCAGGUCAACUCGAAUGCCCUCUUAAUCCAGGCCUAUCCAACCAACUAUCUUCGUGAUCUUGCCGUGGGAUUUGGAGAUUGGAAUCCGCGCCCGCCAGAUAAUGGCACUGGUGUCUGGCGAAACGUCGACCUAAAGCUUACUGGCCCUGUAACGUUGUCUUCUCCUCGAAUUAUCACGAACUUUACCAGCGAGUCCCAAUCUUCUAUUGUCGCCAUUACCGUAAGAACCACUAUCGCCAACCACGAAAACGCUCCUGUUGAUGCCAUUGUUCAAGGCACAAUCCUUCCACCAGAUGGGUCGUUUGUCCUCAAUCUUUUCCAGAAAGUUCAUCUCUCCGGAAACAUGAAUGUAACCGUCUCUCUGAAUACGAGUGUGUCAAAUCCCGAAAUCUGGUGGCCUGCUGAAUGGGGUUCACAAUCACUGUAUCAAGUCAACCUCAACGUGUCUCUUCCUUCAGGAACAUUGUCCGAUAUUGCACCGGCAACGCAUUUUGGUAUCCGUAGAGUGAUAUCCGCUCUGAAUUCAUACAAUGACACCCUAUUCACCGUUAACGGACACCCAUUUCGCGUCCGAGGAGCAGGGUAUGCACCUGAUAUUUUCCUUCGAUUUGAUCUCCAGCGUCUUCAGGCUAUGUUCCAGUAUGUCCUUGAUCUUGGGUUAAAUACCAUCCGACUCGAAGGUAAACAGGAGCAUCCUGAGCUCUAUGACUUGGCAGACCGCAUGGGCUUAAUGGUCAUGGCUGGAUGGGAGUGUUGCGAUAAGUGGGAGGGAUGGGAGUACGACGACGACGCCGAUGGAGAGAAAUGGCACGACGAGGACUACCCGGAAGCCUAUGAUUCAAUGCUGCACGAAGCUGAGAUGAUGCAGGCACACCCGUCGCUCCUGGCCUUUCUUGUCGGGUCGGAUUACUGGCCCAAUAACCGCGCCACCGACCAGUACCUGUCGGCCCUGCACCACAUGGACUGGCCCAACCCGGUGAUCGCGGCCGCCAGUAAACGUGGCCACCCAGAACAACUUGGGCCGUCUGGGAUGAAGAUGGAUGGUCCGUACGAUUGGGUUCCACCGAACUACUGGUACGGCAACAAGCUCGGUGCAGCUUUUGGAUUCGGGUCCGAACAAGGCGCUGGAGUGGGAACUCCCGAGCUCGGCAGUCUACGUAAAUUCCUUUCCCCCUCUGAUUUGGAGGAUUUAUGGGCAAGUGAAGCCUCAGCACAGUAUCAUCUAUCCCCCGCGGGAACUGUCUUCCAAGACCGGAGGAUUUAUAACCGCGCCUUGGUGGCCCGGUACGGCCGCCCGAAGAGCUUGAAGGAGUAUGUACGUAAAGCCCAGGUUAUGGACUACGAAGCAACCCGUGCAGAAUUCGAAGCCUUUGCGGCGCGUCAGAACGCUUCCCGUCCUGCAACCGGUGUUGUCUAUUGGAUGUUGAACACCGCGUGGCCGAGUCUGCACUGGCAGUUAUUCGAUUACUAUCUGCGGCCUGCGGGGGCGUAUUUCGGCGUCAAGGCCAGCACGCGAGAGGAGCACGUUCUGUUGGACUAUGGUUCUCAGACUGUGUAUCUGAUCAACCACUCCUUACACUCCAGCGGCUCGCGUCGAGUAUUACUUGAUCUUGUGGGCGUGAAUGGAACAACGUUACUGCGUCGCGAGACCCUUGCCGAAACGAUCCCGACAGCAUCAAAGGCUGUGCUAGAUGUUCCUGAGAUUGGAAACCUGGACACCAUCGCCUUCCUCCGGCUGGUCUUGGAGAAUGAAGCUGGAGAGAGCCUCAGUCGAAACGUGUACUGGAUAUCAUCGCGCGCCGAUGUGCUUGAUUGGGACAGGUCAACGUGGUAUUCGACUCCAGUUUCUUCUUAUGCUGAUUUCACAGCCCUGGCCAGCCUGGAGACAGCUACGGUUCACGCAACGGCGCUGAGCUCGGAUCAGAAUAGUUCGGCGAUGCCCAUCCAUGUGGUUCUAGAAAAUCGAUCAACGACACCUGCUUUCUUCCUGCGACUUGCAUUACUCGAUGCUGCUACUCUAGAGGAGCUGGUCCCUGUGUUUUGGUCAGAUAACUAUGUGACGCUUCUUCCGCAGGAACGCAUUUCGUUCACAGUAAAGGCGGAGCAUCAACACGGGUGGGUGAUAACAAUGGAAGGGAUGAAUGUAGAAGAAAGCACUAUCGCGAGAGGUUAA